AUGGAUUGUUUGACUGCAGAGUCGUCACUGCCGUCCCGUAUCGCCUCUUUGGUGCAUGCGCAUUUUGAUGGCCUGCCUGCUCGCAGCAAGCCUACCAUCUACCCGGAUGGGUCGAGAGAAUGGAUCCCCAUGUCCGGGAUCGUGGUUGUAAAAGGGGAAAAUACUGUUUCGGAGGAAUUAACCUGUGUAGCAGUCACUACUGGUGCAAAAUGCCUUCCUGCCUCACAGGUAUCCAAAGUCAGAGGCCUGGUGCUACACGACUGGCACGCGGAGGUUCUAGCCCUCCGCUCAUUCAACUACUGGCUUCUGUCUGAAUGCCACAGCCUGCUGGCCCAGGAACAGCAUGCAAGAUCAAGCUCAACCGAUACACCAGGUGCGGCAUCUUCACCUUUCAUCCGCCGCAGGAAGUCCGCCGAAGCGCCCAGCACAGCGCAAUCAGAACCAGCCCCCGCCUGGCCCCCCUUCGAACUCCAACCCGACAUCAAAAUCUACAUGUAUUGCACCUGCGCCCCCUGCGGUGACGCAAGCAUGGAGCUCUGCAUGGCCGCACAAGACGACCCAAGACCCUGGGAUGUCGCACCGGGACCCGAGCGCACCAAGUCUCCCGGCCCCGGCCCAGAACUCCUAGAUGGCCGGGGCUACUUCUCCCGCCUCGGCAUCGUGCGGCGCAAGCCGGCGCGCGCCGACGCCGAAGCAACCCUCAGCAAGUCGUGCUCGGACAAGCUCGCUCUGCGGCAGGUGUCGUCACUCCUAUCGUACGAGGCGAGUCUGCUCGUUACGCCGACUCGAAAUGCGUACAUCGAGGGGCUGAUCCUGCCGGAAGAGGAGAUAAGCCGCGUUGGCUUCGAGCGGUGUUUCAGCGCCACAGGGCGGAUGAAGACGCUGAAUGGUAGGUUCUGGCCGGCGCGAGAUGAUAGCGUAGGACAGUACGGAUACGGGUUCCAGCCCUUCAGGGUCCUCUCUGUUCCCAAUGACCUGAUCGAGACGACCUGGCCGUUCCGGAAACCGAAGCCCACGUCAGCAGAGGCUACGACCCCAGCGCAGACGCCGCCGAAGAAGAAUAAGCCGGGGAACGUGUCGGCCGUGUGGGUGGCCGCACCCUCACUGCCUCAUCCAUGUCCCAUCGCAUCGGACAACGGCUCCAAGUCCUUGCCGGUGCUACGGGGCUCGAGGACGGGCUUGUACGAGACCAUCAUCAACGGGGUGAAGCAGGGGAAUCGCGCGGCGUCCGUUACGACCCGGGGUGCUUCUGCGUUGUCGCGCGCGAAGCUCUGGGGCUUGCUUCGCGAUAUAGUGCGGUCAUCGUGCUCGGGGGAUUGUACGCUGGAGGUUGUUGAUGGGGAAAAUGGGUUGCAUGCGGGGAAUUUCCCAGAAUCGGGGCCGUCUCUGCAGGAUACGGCUCUUUGUCAAUUGAUUGCAGCGUCCACGUACGAGCAGUUUAAGAAGACGCCAGUGGCAUUGAUGCCGUCCGUCAAAGCACGGAAGGAUGCCAUUCGAGAGGCCAAGGAGGCCUUGAAAGGAUGGAUCCCUAAUGAAGGCGAUGGACAAUGGGGACUGGACGUUCUCAUUGAUCCUAAAAAGCGCAAGCGCUGA